CUGAGACUCGGCUCGCGUUAACGUUUGUUCAACCGAUUGUAGUGCAUGUGCAACAGUUGAAUAAGAUUGCAGUGAAUUUCAGUUAAAGUUUAAUUGCUUUGUUAAUCACGCCUACCGUACCACAUUGCUCCACUUUUGAUUGCUAAAAGUUGCAAACAUUCAAAGCAAAAUAAUUAUCAAAAACACCACGAGCGAAAACCUUGUAGCAUCGGAACCGAAACAACGUCCAUACGGACAACCAAAAAGAAGAUAUUACGCAUCGACAUUUUUAUCACGCAAUUUUAUGUGUGUGUCCCACGUCCGGAAAUAGUUCACACUGGAUGCUGGUAGCACAAAUAUCCCGCUUAAUUGUGGCAUUCGUUGGGAUGGGUUAAUAUUUGAGCAAAAAUCGGUUUGAUCUGAAAAAAAAAAUCUGCAAAAAGGACGAAGUGACGAGAAAAGUAAAAAAAAGGGAACAAAAAAAAACCCAUGGACAACAAACAGUUCGAUUGAUGCUGAAACGGACGGACGCGCAAAAAUAAACCGCUACAAAACCGAUAUCACCGUCAUCAUGUGCGUCUACCACGCUGGAUAACUGGGCAUAAUUGAAACCGUUUUCACCCGUAUUGAAUAGCCAAUUAGCAUCCGACGGGGUUGUUUUUACCUUCACCUUGGUGUAAAAUAGGCGCGGUUGUCUGUUGAGAGGCAUUUUCGAUUUUAUUUAUUUGCGCAACCGUUAGACACUAGUGCAUCCUGCAACAUGUCCUGGGUGUUUCAUCUGAUGUGGAUGUUCAUGGUGGUAAUGCUGUUCUUUGUCGUGCUGCGGCGAAUAUACUACUUCGGACUAGCAGUUAACCGACCUGGCGAUCCAUCAUCAUCAGCCCCCUCAUCGCAACGUUUCGCGGUGUUCACCAUCUACCAGGGCGAUCAACGAGCACAGGCAUCGUCCGAGCGGAGUCAACCUCCGGAAUAUACGGAACCACCUCCUCCCCCGAAGUACGAUGAAGUGAUAAAGUCCCCGGAUCUAUACCAAAAACCACCACCUUAUUCACCACCCGCACCACUUCCCCAGCAAACCACGUAGAAACAUUUUUGUUAAACACUUUUCCCA